CCAUGUGACGUCACUGUAUCUUGAGCGGACGAAUUGUGGUUCAGCGAGUUGAAGAAGCGUAAUAUUUGUGUUUUGGACGAAUAAAAGGGCGUAUUAUGUCUUCGAAAUAUGAAGUUAACCUUUUGGUGAUACAGGGCUGACGUGAAAGAAACUCCUCAGUUUGUGCAUAUUGUUAUGGGUAGCUUUGUGAAGAUAUUCUCACCUGGAUACCCAUAAUUUAUAAAUUAUUCAAGUAAAUCUGGAAGGAUUGUUGCACCGCACAUACUCAGCAUAAAUAAUUUGACUGUCAGAGAACUUUGGACAGAAGACAUUGUCACUACUGUUUCCAGUACUCUGACGCCAGCACUGCUGCAAUUUAGGCAUCAAGUUGGAGUGAGAGAGAGAGAGAGAGAGAGACAAAUAAGUGAACCUCUCAGUUCUUGGAUACACACAGAAAGAUGUGGAGAUCUAAAAGGACACGUGCCAGCAUGGACGGUUCAGGGUACGGUGGUGGUCGAUCGAAACACCGUAACUCUGACUAUGAUGGUGAGGCGUGGCAGGAGGAUUGGGGGGAUGGGGAUGGUUCUGAUCAUGAGGACUACAAACGUCAGGAAGAGCGUGACUGGGAUCGCAGACGAUCACGAUAUGCCGAUGAGAAUGGAUACAAGAGUGGGGGAAAGCAUCGAGGCAGCCCACCUGACUACAAGUCAUCUCGCCGUGGUGGUGAUUGGGAUCGCCACUAUUAUGGUGGUGGAGGAGGAGGUUAUGAUCGGGAUGAUCCACCACCUCCUCGUCGUGAUUACCGAGAUCGACGUUCAUCUGGUGACCGUGACCGACGCAGUCGGUAUGAUCGCAGAGGGGUAGAUUUUGAUGAAGAAGGACGUUAUCGACGUGAUCAUAGCCCAGAAAGCCUGGAUUCAUUUGAUGAUUACUAUAGUGGGCGUGGUGGAGGUGGAAGCAGUGAUGGAUAUGGAAGGGGAGGUGGAAGCAGUCGUGAUUCGGACGCAUACCGAAACCAAGCUCCCAACAACACUGUAAUGAUUAAGGGCCUGGCAUACCAUAUAACUGAAAAUGAUAUCCGGAAGGACAUCCUUCAGUGCAAUUUAAUGCCAAGGGACAUCCGUCUCAUCCGUAAGAAAGACACUGGUCAGUCAAGGGGAUUUGCUUUUGUUGAAUUUAAUACAGUAGCUGAAGCAACCCAAUGGAUGCAACGAAAGGGUGGGACAUUAGUUCUUCAAGACCAGUAUCGAGCAGAAAUGUACUACAGUAUCCCGAAGGACCCACCUGGUUUUGGAGACAGAGGUGCUGUGCAAUUAAAGGACUGGCACUGUGUGAAAUGUGGUGCGAAUAAUUUCAAAAGACGAGAUGCGUGCUUCAAAUGUGGCGCAUCCCGCAAGGAGAGUGAAGAGGGAGGUGAAGGUAGUGAUGAGGUGAGCCCACAUCCAACAAACACAGUGUUGUUACGAAAUCUUGAUGUUUUGUCAACUGAAGAAGCAGUUCUUGGUGCCAUCAAAGGUCUGUCCUCAACAGCAAUUCGGAGUAUCCGGAUGGGGCGUGAUCCAUUAACCAACACAUCAAGAGGUGUAUGCUACAUUGAGCUGAACUCUGUCCUUGAUUCUGUGCAACUUCAUGGUGCUUUACAAGGUCGACUUACGGUGGAUGGUCGAAAAGCUCUUGUUUCGUACUGCAAACUGCCAUCACAACAACAUGAAGACAGGCGGCAGGCACAGGCUGCAGGUCUUGCGGCGUAUGGACCUGAGGAUAUCCCCAGAUUAGCUGAAUACAGUGCCUCUAUGUACGCUACUUCACCACAAGAGCAUGCAGCUUACGUUGCAUAUUACACUCAGUAUUAUGAAGCGCAGGUUGGUGCAGCUUCACAGUCUGCAACUGUAUCAGCACCACCCUCUUCAGUGGCAGGUGGUGCAACUCAGACACAGACUGAUUCAGUAAAUGCUGCAGCAGCUGUCGCUCUUUCUGCAAUACAGCAAGUGCAGGCAGCACGUGAAAUUAAAAAGCAGGUAGAAGGUCCUGCUGGCAAGGCCGAAGGUGGACGCAAAGGUAGUGCUACUGUAGCUAGCUUGGCUGCUGGUACACUACCAACGAGUAUACAAGGGGCACCAGCAAUGCCAUAUGUGGCUGCAGGUUCAACGACACUCCCACGUUAUGCAGUCCCGGAUGUGGCCACAUAUCGCUAUGAUGAGACUUCUGGUUAUUAUUAUGACUCAUCAACUGGGCUUUAUUAUGACGCUGGGUCACAGUACUACUAUAACCCGCAAACUCAGCAGUUUCUGUACUGGGAUGCAGAACGGCAGACAUAUGUACCGACUCCAGUGCAGGGUGCAGCAGCUUCAGGUGUUGCUGCAACAGCAGGUGCCGCCACGACAGAGGAGUCUGGUGCUGGUGGCAAGGAUGACCCUAACAAAAAGUCAAAGGACAACAAACAAGACAAGGUGAAAGUAGCAAAGAAAAUAGCAAAAGACAUGGAACGCUGGGCAAAAACCUUAAACCAAAAGAAGGACAAUCCACAAGCAACUGCAGUGGCGACAUCAGCUGUGGCUCUUGGGAAAUCUGUUGGAGCAGCAGAUGCUGGUUAUGCCAUCCUGGAACGCAAGGAGCGGUCAUUGGAUGCACAGGUGUCUCAGUUCGUUGCACGCAUGGGAGAAGAGGGUCCUGGACCUGCAUCACCAGCUGCUACUGGAGGACCUGGAGGAUUGGUGGCUGCAUAUGGUGGUGGCUCUGAGUCAGAUGAUGACAUUGAUGACGUACUUCAAGAGGAAAGAUUGCACACAGAUUGGACUAAACUUGCAUGCUUACUUUGUAAAAGGCAAUUUCCAAGCAAAGAAACCCUGCAACGCCAUAACCAACUGUCUGAUUUGCAUAGGCAGAAUUUGGAAGCUUGGUACAGGGUUCGUGGUCUUGAUCAGAAUGAUCCCCAGCAACGUAAUAGCCGUUACCGUGACCGCGCUAAAGAACGCCGUUCAAAGUUUGGCACUACAGAUCCUACAGCUGCUGCACCUCAUCCCAAUCGACUGAAAGAGAAAUUCCUCAAAGCACGUGAAGAAGCGGCUCGUUCAAUGUAUGAAGAACCAACACGUGCCGGCAUUGGAUCAGAAAAUGUAGGAAAUCGUCUACUUCAGAAAAUGGGAUGGCAAGAAGGUAUGGGUCUGGGCAAAAGUAACCAGGGGCGCACUUCUAUAGUGCAGACUGAUGUUAGAAAUCCAACAGCAGGACUUGGCUCACGUGAAGCUGCUGCUGUUCCUGUUUUACCUGGAGAAAAAUACAAAGACCGUGUUAAGAAGAUGAUGUUUGCACGUUACCAGGAACUCACAGAGCAGGAACAAGCAGAACCCAGUUGAACAUUGAAUUACUUCACAGAUUUAUUGCCUACGGGUGAAAGUGUUUGUUACUGCCAUUUGGCUACAAAUAUCCUGUACUUAAACAGUGGCCAGUGUUCAAUGUGUUUGUUCUUGUACAGGAUCUUGUAGCUGAUAUUUCAGCCAAUCUGACAUGAAGAGGCAUAGUGAUGUUUGAGACAUUGCACACUGAAUGUGAUAAUGUUCAGAUAUCUUCUGUGUGUGAAUAAAUCCAUUGUACAAAAGAUGAUGUUGACUGUUAGCUUGAUUGUGGACUAUUACUUAAUAGGCUACUCAAAUGUAGGAAAUGUAAAUAUCAUGACGGGCCCUGGAGCUUAUAGACACAUUGAUUUGUUCGUUUUAUCGACGAGCAAUCUUGACUGCACUGACAACAAAUGGUAAGUACAAAAGUAACAGGGAACCACGAAAUUCCCUUCUCCCAUGACAUAAGACAUUCCAGGUUGUAAUGUUGUACUGUGCUGUUCCUUUGCAAAAAUUGAAUGCAUUUUGUGCAUGUGUUUUCCUUUUUGAAUGUAUGAGGUUCCUCCAAACAGUGUAGGCAGUGUUAGUUCCAGUGGAUAUAAGGCAGUGGCUGCACUUUGAAUCAAAGCUGUGACUUUUUGAAUUAUUUUCUUGUGCUGUAAUUACUACUUCACAGAAAAAUAAUCAAAAAACCACUUAUUCGUCAGGAUCUUUUACGAGUUUGUAGGCUGUCAUAGGUCUUACUUUUAUCGUGGUCUCGAUUGAUUUUUAAUUUUAUUUUUGUUGACUUCUCAGCAGUUGCGCAUUGUUCUGGAGAAAGAUGCAGUUUUUAUUGUUCAGCUGUGCUGAAAGUAAAAAAAUAAAUAAAAUAAAAUAAAAUUUACUGUCAUCCUCUUCCAUUCGUUUCGUGUUGGUCACAGAAGUGGUAAGAUAUUUACCUUGUAUAUACGUAAACCACUUUUAAAAAGUGAUGUAUAUAUUUCAUUGUUGUAAUUUUGGACAUGGAAAGAAGUAGUAAAAUUUUAUAAACUGUAAUAAAUUAGAUGGUUCCGAAUCAUUUACUGGCUCCUUUGAUUUUGUUCUCAGUGUAGGUGCUAAACUUAAUUAUAAGUAUUGUGUAGCAUAUAACUAUUUGUGUAAGAAAGAGAGAGAGAGAGACUUUUAUUAGUGUGGAAAUACUUUUGUAAAUAAAUCGAAAUUUAAUUUGAUGCCUCAUUCAAGCUUCUGUGGGAGGCACAGCUCUUAAGCUAGAAGGACCCAUAUAAGUAGGGUGUGCCAAACUAUUACAAAUUCUUUUGUAGCUGACACCUCAAAUUUAGCAACAGUAGCAAAAAUGGUUUUGUUCUUUUUGUAUAUAUGUUAAUUAUUAAGCUGAUUAACUGAAUAAAGUAAUUAUGUCCUUACUUGUAACUGCACAUUAAAAUUUUUAAUAUUUAACUAA